AAUGGCUGAUGCUGCUGUUUCUGCCCUUGUCAAUCUCAUAUUCGAGAAGCUUGCUGAUGAAGCCUUCAAGAAGUAUGUUCGCGCUCAGGGUAUUCAUUCCGAGCUCGAAAAACUGGGGGAUAAACUAUCCCAGAUUCAAGCUCUGCUUCAUGAUGCUUCUGACAAAGAAAUAAAAAAAGAAGCUGUUAAACAAUGGCUGAAUCGUCUCCAGCAUCUGGCUUACGAUAUCGAAGACGUACUCGACGAUAUGGCUACCGAAGCCAUGCGUCGUGAGCUGACCCAGGAAUCAGGAGCAAGCACAAGCAAGGUAAAAAAACUGAUUGUCUCAACUUGCUGCACAAAUUUCUCACUAAGUCAUAGGUUGUCUCCCAAAAUAGAUAGUAUUACCACCAAGUUACAACAACUAUAUGAAGAAAAACAUAAGUUAGGUUUGACUGUGGAAAAUGAAAAACAGAAAGAUGGUAAUAGAGGAAAUGAAACCUCUUUGCCAGAACUUUAUGUUGUUGGGCGAGAAGGUGAGAAAAAGAGAUUGCUCAACCUGCUGUUAGGGGGCGAGUCAUGUACAGAAAAGUUUAGCAUCAUACCCAUAGUUGGUAUGGGUGGGGUUGGAAAGACCACUCUAGCUAGACUGUUGUAUAAUGAUCCACAGGUGAAGGAUCACUUUCAACUCAAGGCUUGGGUUUGUAUUUCUGAUGAUUUUGAUGUAUUUAAGAUAAGCCAAACCAUCUUUCAAGAUGUGAAUAGAGAAAAAACGGAAUCCAAAGAUUUAAAUCAGCUUCAAAAGGCUCUUACAGAGCAAUUUAAAGACAAACGAUUUUUGCUUGUACUUGAUGAUGUGUGGAGUGAGAACUAUGAAAAUUGGGAAAAACUUGUGCUCCCAUUUCAUUCGGGGGCACCGGGAAGUAAGAUAAUCAUGACGACUCGCAAGAAGGAACUACUCAGAAUCCUAGGUUUUGAUCAUCUUGACCUUCUUGAAAGUUUGUCACCUGAAGAUGCUUUGUCUUUAUUUGCUUUCCAUGCAUUGGGUGUUGAUAGCUUUGAUUCAUACCCAACACUUAGGGAAAAGGGUGAAGCUAUUGUGAAAAAGUGUGGUACAUUGCCUUUGGCUUUAAAAGCAAUUGGAAGACUACUCAGAAUGAAAACAACACCUGAAAAAUGGGACGACGUGUUAAGUAGUCAAAUAUGGGAUACAGAAUAUGUUGGUGAUCUUUCUGCAGAUUGGAAGGUGAUUUUUCCGGCCCUUAUGCUAAGCUACCAUGAUCUUUCUGCAAAUUUGAAGAGGUUGUUUGCAUAUUGCUCCUUGUUCCCUAAGGACUUCUUGUUUAACAAAGCGGAGUUAGUCUUACUGUGGAUGGCGGAAGGGUUUUUAAGCCAAUCAGAAGCAACCAAGGCACAAGAAGAUUUUGAAGCAUUGUUAUCAAGGUCCUUUUUUCAGCAAGCACCUAAUGAUGAAAAUUUAUAUGUGAUGCAUGACCUGAUGAAUGACUUGGCUACAUUUGUUGCCAAAGAAUGUUUUUUAAGGUUUGAGAAUCAUACCAAGUUGGGGAAGGAAGCUUUGACAAAGUACUGUCAUAUGUCAUUUAUUCCUGAGACAUAUGAAGCUUACCAGAAGUUUGAGAAAUUUAAAAGGGCAAGAAGUCUGAGAACAUUGUUGGCAGUAUCUAUGGAUCAAAUACAAAUAAGGUACUUUUCCAGUAAGAUUCUGGUUGACUUACUUCCUCGGUUACCACUCUUAAGGGUCCUUUCUUUGAGUGGAUUGAAGAUAAGUGAGGUACCGGAUUUCAUUGGUAGUUUGAAGCACUUGAGAUAUCUUAACUUAUCUCGAACUGACAUCAAAGAGUUACCAGAGAACAUUGGUAAUCUUUUUAAUCUACAAACACUGAUCCUUUUUAACUGUCAGAGUUUGACUAAGUUGCCUAAAAGCUUCUCAAAGCUCAAAAAGUUGCAGCAUUUUGACUUUAGGGGUACUCCAUCUCUUAUACAGUUUCCCUUGGGGAUUGGUGAGCUGAAAAGCCUACAAACUCUCACCAAGAUUGUCAUUGGAGGAGAUGGUGGGUUUGCUAUAACUGAGCUUAAGGGAUUAAAUAAUCUCGGUGGGGAACUUUCCAUUGAAGGGUUGUGCAAAGUGCAAAGCGCAGUGGAUGCACAUGAGGCAAAAUUAUCUCUAAAAAAGCUUACUAAGUUAGAGCUGAAUUGGGGGGAUGGUUCUCAACAUGGAACACCUCAAAAGGAGGUUCUCGAAGAGCUGAAACCUGAUAGUGAAUGGUUGAAAGAGCUUUCAGUUGAAUCAUAUGGGGGAAUAGAGUUUCCAAAAUGGGUUGGGCAUCCUUCUUUUCACCGGCUGGUUCAUGUGUCGAUACGCAAUUGUAAAAAUUGUACAUCUCUACCACCACUUGGGCAACUACCUUCACUUAAGGAGUUGUAUAUAAGUAGGAUGCCUAAUGUUAAAUUCAUAGGUGCGGAGUUAACUGGGACCAACCAGCUAACUGUUGCUGCCUUCCCUUCACUUGAAAUCCUAAGGUUUAAAAGUAUGCAUGGCUGGCAGGUAUGGUCAACCAAUAAUGAGGUUUCUGAUGCAGUGUUUCCUUGCCUUCGGGAGCUUCAGAUAGAAGAUUGUCCCAAAUUGAUUGAAGUCUCAUUAAAAACACUACUUUCAGUUGAAGUUCUAUAUUUUAAAAAUAUGUGUGGGUGGAAGGGAUGGUCAACCAAUAGCGAGGUUUCAGUGCUUCCAUCCCUUACAGAACUUCAUAUAGAAAGCUGUCCCAAUAUGAAUGAAUUCUCACCUGGAAAACUACCUAAACUUAAAACUUUACAGCUUAAAGAUAUGUUGGGAUGGAAGACAUGGUCUACCAACGAUGCAGAUUUUUCUUUCCUUCAAGAGCUUCAUAUACACAAUUGUCCUGAAUUGAUUGAUGUCUCAGCUGAAGCACUACCUUUGGAUAGUUAAUUUUCUUUCCUUCCACCUAUUC